ACAUGAAAUUCGCAGCACUGAUCCUAGUCCUUGCAAUUGCCGCCGUUCAGGCUGGUACAUACGGAAGCAAAGGCAAAUCACAUUCCGGUUAUCCGUAUUCAACCUACCCAGGAUACAACCUGCAAGGAGGUCUCCUAGGACAAGGGACUCCCCUGUAUAAUGGAUUAAAUGAUCCUUCAUAUUACAAUCCAUAUGGUACUGGUCUAGGAAACCAGGGUCUCAAUACCUUGUAUCCUAAUACAGGCUUACUUGGCAAUAAUUUGUUAGGCAACCCAUAUGGUAAUUCUUAUGGCUAUCCCUACGGACUCAAUGAUCCAUACAAUGGUUUAGGAUAUGGUUUGAGUGGACUUGGAAGUGGCUACCCUGGUCUAAGUUCCGGUUUAACUGGACUAGGAGGUUAUUAUCCUGGACUAGGAUCAGGAUUGUCUGGAUUGGGAGGAAGCUACCCAGGGUCAGGAUAUGGUUAUCCAGGAUUAGGAGGCAGUUACCUUGGACUAGGAAGUAGCUACCCUGGACUAGGAUCUGGAUCGGGAGGAUAUUAUCCUGGACUAGGAGGUAGUUAUCCUGGACUAAGAGGUAGCUACCCUGGAUUAGGAGGUUAUUAUCCUGGACUAGGAUCUGGCUUGUCUGGAUUAGGAGGAAGUUAUCCUGGACUAGGAUAUGGUUAUCCAGGAUUAGGAGGUGGUUACUCAGGACUAGGAGGUAGCUACCCUGGACAAGGAGGUUAUUAUCCCGGACUAGGAUCUGGCUUGAGUGGAUUGGGAUUGAACGGGCUAGGAUCAGGAUUAAAUGGGCUAGGAUCAGGAUUAAGCGGACUUGGGUCAGGUCUUGGGCCAGGCCUUGGGUCAGGCCUUCUCGGCAACCAAUUGGGUGGACUUAAUGACGGACUUCUUGGCGGAUCACAUGGUGGAUUAGGUGGAUACCCCAAAAAGAAGGUGUACUAGGAUAAAUACUUAGAAGGCUGGCUUUACCUCAACGACAACGGGAAAUUGUGUAAUAUCU